AUGAGCGACUCAAACACAAAAGUUGGAUUUAUUGGAUCGGGAAUGAUGGCAGAAGCUCUCGGUGGAGGCUUCUCCAAUUCUGGAAUCGUCCCGUGGGAAAAUAUGUAUUGCACGGACCCGUGGCAACCGAGAUUGGAUUUAUUCACCUCGUUCGGCUGCAACGCGUGUAAAGAUAACCGCGAACUGACGAGAAACUCGGACGUGAUAUUCAUCGCGGUGAAACCGUACGCAGCGGCGACAGUUAUGAAAGAAAUCUCAAAGGAGCUGACGGAAGAUAAAAUUGUCAUUUCCAUCUGCGCAGGAGUAACGUUAGAAACGCUGGAAAACGCAAUAAGUGAUGGGAAAAGUGUGCCCGUGGUGAGAGUGAUGCCGAAUACGCCGUGUUUAGUCGGCGCGUGCGCGGCGGCUCUGGCGAGAGGCAAGUUCGUGACGGAUGAACAAGCAGAUUUGGCGCUAAAGCUCAUGCAAUCUGUUGGAGUGUGCGUUGUGGUGCAAGAGAAGUUGUUAGAUGCGGUGACUGGAGUGAGUGGGUCGGGACCGGCGUAUAUCUACCAAGUCAUCGAAGCUAUGAGCGACGGCGGCGUGUUGUGCGGGUUGCCCAGAGACGUUUCCACGAAAUUAGCCGCGCAAACCGUCAUGGGUGCGGCGAAGAUGGUUUUGGAGAAAGGGACGCAUCCAGGCCAGUUGAAGGAUAACGUGACGUCGCCAGGCGGGACGACGAUUGCGGCGGUGCACGAAUUAGAGAAAGGGGGCGUGCGAAAUUCGUUCAUCAACGCCGUGAAAGCCGCCGCGGAAAGAAGCAAAGAGUUGAGCAAAGAAUAA